AGCGAAGUUGUAAAAUUUGUAGACCUCUAGCCCUUCUCCUUCCUCUUACAUGGACGACGGACGGACGGGCACGAGAGCGGUUGCAUAAGCCCGCUUUUAUCCUUUUUUAAAAGCAGAAGGGUGGGCUAUAAGUACUGAAUAUAUCAAGAGGGCCAACCAAAAAAAUGCUUUUAGGAAAAAGAAGAAAAAUAUCCAAAACAAACCAAAGAUGUGUGACUCUUGAGAAAAAAAAAAUACAAAUCUGCAGAGAACUCAAUGGCGUUAAUUGAAAACCCAGAAAAAAUCAGAAACUUUGAGGGAUUUUCCUCCAAGUAGAAUUAACAGAGAAUUUAAAGGAAGGAAACUGGAUCCAAUCGCAAAGAAAAGACUUAUAUUUGGAAAAAUUUGAAAGGAUCAAAUUGCAGAGACUGCAAACACUACAUCAACCAAAACCAAACAGGCAUUUUACAAGUUAUCAUCAGGUAGAGUCAUAAAAAAAAAUAGAAUGGUUCACAUGGCGAAGAAUAUGUUAUCUAGACCGCUACUUCAGAAGUAUAUGAAGAAUGAUGAUGGUUUGAACUAUACUAGAGUCUCCAAGAUCAAAGUCAGGCACACAGAAGUCAAGGAAUUUUAUGCUAGAGAUGACACAAGCUCAAAGUGUCCUGACAAAAAAAGCAUAUAUGAUUUCCUACAAAAGUGGAAAACUGAAGAAACGGAAGAGGAUUUUCCAGGCGAAACUCACAGAUCUUUAUUCAAAAUAUUCAUCUGAAUGUUCACCAAAAAAUGUUAAACCUUUGUAGACUAAAGGCUUUGAUUGUUCUUCAUUAAAAAGCCAAUGAUAGAAACACUUGUCUGUGUAAGUAUAGUGAAAAUUUUGCAAUGAAAGUUGAAGCUCUACAUAGAAUUAGUGUCAUCAGAGAAGGCACUCCACAUAAAGUUAUGUCUGCUGUUUCUUGCAAUGCACAAAAUGACGAUUGUUUAGUUAGAAAGUGCGUAAGCUGCAGAGAUAAAAGUAUAGAUUUUUCAACUGAAGUCAGUAAUAAAACUAUUGUUAAAUAUUCAGAAUGGGAUAAGAAUGUUGAUAAGAAAACUGUUAAAGUUGACAAAAGUUCAGAUCUUCUAAUGUUUAAGAGCAUCUUCUUGGACAGUCUAAUUACAUAUCAGCAUCACUACUUCAAACAGAAACAUCAACAUGAAGUAUUGAAGAACAAGAGAGAAAAUUUGGCUGGUGGAGAAAUUUACAUACAUUGUGACUUUUCUGAAAACUGUGACUGCAAAUUUACAAAAGAGAUUCAGCCAAUGUAUUAUGGUGGUAAUAGAGAAGAAAUUUCUAUUCAGGUGCUUUAUACCAAAAAUAAAAGCUAUGCUUUCUGUACGUUUUCUAGAAAUGGGCGCCAUGAUGCACCUGCUAUUUGGGCGCAUCUUCUGAAAGUGUUGAAACAUUUCAUGCCAAAGUUCUGUGGUAUCACUAAAGUUCACAUUCAAAGUGACUGUCCAACCACACAGUACAGGAAUAAGGAUUAUUUUUUGACCCCCACUGCGCUUGGCAUUAGCUAUCCAGAGAUCACAGAAAUUGUACACAACUACACCGAAGCUGGCCAUGGAAAAGGUGGCCCUGAUGGAGUUGGUGGAUGGGCGAAGAAAGCUGCAGAUGAUGCCGUUGCAAGUGGUACAGAUAUAAAUACUUUUAGUAAGUUGGUGAAUCUGCUAAAAGAUAAGAGUAAGAAAACAUUCAUUGAUGUUGUUGAGACUAAUGAUAUUGAAGCCAUUGAUGCUAUACUGUCUGGUCAAAAAGUUGCCACUUUUGUUGGGACAAUAAAAGUGCACCAGUUUACUUGGCAUAAAGAGAAUUCAUUUAAACUAUUUCUAAAUGAAGUCAGCUGCUAUGAGUGCCCUCCUGGCCAGCAUUGCGUCCAUUUCAAGAUGCCAAACAGCCCAUGGGAAAUACCGGGGGCACCACAAGUUGAGCAAGAUUUAGAUGACCCGCCCCCUGAUGUUGAGCCAGUCAAGAAAGGCAGCUGGGUAGUGGUAACAUUUGGAGAGCAUUGGUAUCCAGGUCUGGUGGAAAAGGCAACAAAGAGGAAUUUGACCGUUAAUUUUAUGGUAAAACAUGAGAAACGCAAUGAUUUGUUUCUGUGGCCAGGCCAGUCCGACAUUCAAAUUGUCAAAAGAGAAGAUAUUAUCCUUCGACUAGAACAACCACCUGUCCCUGUUGAUCGGUCACACUUCAAAGUUCCUGAAAACAAAAUCCAAUAG